GGCCAUGGUCGGUCACCUGCAGGUACACGGUCAACCUUAAUGAGAUAUUCGAAUUCCACUUCCUUUGCCAGCCCGUACACAGCAUCUCUCGCACCAAUAUAUUGUCCCAUUCCUCAUAAUCUACUGCAUAGCUUAAGAUAGGGGCAAUGGCGAACACCGAAGCGCCGUCUCGCAACACCCACGACGAAUCACAUACCUAUGCCGAGGUAACCAAGCAACCUCUGAACAAUGCCGAUUCCAACUUCACUGAAAUAGAAACAAUCCCGCCCAUACAAGCUAACGGCAAGCCACUGUCGAAGUCUGGAACUACUACACCUUCAGAUACCUUCGAGGGUACUGGUCAAGAUAUCUCGUCUCACAGCCCGAGCCGUAGACAAUUUGCCCACAAACGACAAGGCUCCAUACCAAAGCAGAACGGUCCAAAAAAGGCCCGCAACAACAAUGAUGACCAUGUAGUCUUUGAAGAGCUCGGUACAAACGGUGGCAAACUCACAAGUGUCAAACCUUCGAACGAGUACGAAAGACAGCUACAUCAAGACAAGAAAGAAGAAAAGCCUUCCGAUGGCCCGGAACUUGUCAGUGGGAGACAAGCGGGUCAAGGCUGGGCAAGGAGCAAAAUCAGAUUUGCCCCUCUAAAUGUUCCACUGCAGAGACGUCUCCAAACGCUGAUCGUUCUCAUGCACACUCUUAGUAUUGUCGGGCUCGUAGCACUGUUCUUCUUACUAUGUACUAUACCGCUUCUGUGGCCCAUACUUCUUCCAUACCUCAUCUAUGUCUUAUUCUCUAAGGCCGCCACAUCCGGGGAGCUCUUACAACGUAGCGACAGAGCGCGAAGACUGUCAAUCUGGUCACUUUUUGCCUCUUACUUCCCAGCUCGGUUACAUAGACUCGAAGAGCUCCCUCCUACCAGAAAGUACAUCUUUGGCUACCAUCCUCAUGGUAUUAUCUCGCAUGGGGCGUUUGCUGCAUUUGCAACCGAAGCUUUAGGAUUCUCUCAACUGUUUCCCGGGAUCACCAAUUCACUCCUCACGUUAGACUCGAACUUCAGAUUACCGUUGUAUCGGGAAUACGCACUUCGUUUAGGCCUCGCCUCUGUGUCUAGGGAAUCCUGCGAGAACCUUCUCACGAAGGGAGGCCCUAACAAAGAGGGUAUGGGUAGAGCUAUCACAGUCGUGAUUGGAGGAGCGCGUGAAUCACUCGAGGCGAUGCCUAAUACUAUGAAGCUUGUACUCGCUCGCAGGAAAGGCUUCGUCAAGAUCGCCAUUCGCACAGGUGCAGACUUAGUGCCUGUCAUUGGAUUCGGCGAGAAUGAUCUAUAUGAUCAAUUCGACGCCAAUAUUCAUCCCUGGGUUCAUAAACUGCAGCUUCUGGUCAAAAAGAUCGCAGGUUUUACGAUCCCGCUGUUCCAUGCCCGCGGCGUGUUCAACUACGAUGUCGGCAUGAUGCCAUAUCGGAGACCUCUGAACAUUGUUGUUGGUCGGCCGGUCAAAGUCAUGGCUCAGGAGAAGCCAGAUCCUGAGUAUGUCGAUCAGGUGCACGACCAAUACGUAACUGAAUUGAAAAAUAUGUGGGAGGAUUGGAAAGACACAUUUGCCAAAGGCAGGACGGGCGACUUGGAAAUUGUAGACUAAUUCUCCAAAGUGAGUCAAUAUAGUCAUCAUCUACAUUUUCCUCGUCACAAUGAGGCGUUACUGCUCGCAUUCACGACAUUUGCCAUAUGAGUUUUAAGUUUGGCAUAGGGUCGAUCUAUAACCACCCUCUUACCUCUGCAUUAUAGGGUUUGCCUCAAAUAUCAGAACAGUUCUGAAGAUGAAUCUACAGGCACGACAUCUCUUCUACUGUCCAUUGUGCAAAUAUAUAUAACAUACUUAGGAAGAGGAAGCUUUCAGCCAGCUUCUCUUCAUCAUUGUGUAUCGAUCCCGAGCAGCAUACAUAUCGCUAUUAAUGUAAACUCCAUGUUGGAUCACCCUCGUGGCGAGAAUCAGCAUGGUUACAUCACUGUACAAGCAUGUGUAUGUGUAUGGUGU